AUGAUUUCAAGGACGCUUCUUCGUGUGCCACGUGUUUCUGUGCCUGUGCAGCGUGUACGUUUCGCCUCCAACUUGUUCAACGACCAGACGCCGGCACCACCAAGGUUGCCCAAAGAGCAGCAGGAAGAGUUUGAGCUGCUCCAGAAAAUGGCCAAUUCCCAAGCGGCCAUUGACGAGUACAACAGGCAAAUAGAAGAGUCAGGAAGUGCCAACAGUGACUUCAACGACGACCAGCAGACCGAUGUUGGCGUGCAAACGCAGUACUUCAAGACCGUUCCUGAGUUUGAGGGCGAAAGAAACCCUGAAACGGGAGAGAUUGGCGGGCCCAAGCAGGAUCCGUUGAGACACAACGACUGGUCGUUCAACGGACGUGUCACUGACUUUUAG